GUGACAUCAGGUGAUUAGAGGUAUAUCAUCCCACACAUACCCGUCAUAUAUUUCAGUCUAGUACCACAGUCCACUGCUGAACAACAUGUCUCAGAAAUAUGUGCUCCAUUACUUCAACGGCCGCGGCCGUGGUGAGCUUAUCCGCCUGAUGUUUGUAAUUAGUAAAACCAAGUACGAGGACCACCGCGUAGAAUUCAAAGAUUGGCCGGCAUUCAAAAGCAAAACACCGAACGGAACAUUGCCUUGUUUGGAAAUUGAUGACAAAUUAUAUGGACAGAGUUUAGCUUUGGUCAGGUUUUUAGCUAAGGAAUUCAGUUUGUAUGGAACGGAUAACGUGUCACAGAUGGUGGUUGACGAGUGUAUGUAUAACGUUACUGACCUCCGAAAAGUUUUAAUUGAUGCGGUUUUUGAACAGGAUGAAGCAAAAAAGGCUGAACAACUAAAGAAAAUCAAGGAAGAUGCACUACCACAGUUCAUGAAGAGAACGGAAGAAAUAUUUAAGUCUUAUGGAUCCGGCGGCUUCCUUGUGGGUUCAAAGUGUACCGCCGCUGACCUAGCAUUGUUUGACAUUGUGGACGGAUUGGAUUCUAAGAUGAAAGACGGUUUAACCAAAAAGAUCAAAGAACACAUGGCUAUGAUCGGUGCCAUUAAAGAAAUCAAACAAUGGCUUGAAGAGCGACCUAAAACUGAGUUUUAAGAUGUGGAAGAUGUAUGCAAUUCUAUCUGAUCUGAUCCAUCCCGUCUAAAAACUGGAAACAUUACGCUAGCCAUAAAACGAUUUAAUAUCGAAAUUAGGCGAUUGCGGUAUUUUCUCUGUCUACGAACACAUUGACCACCAGACAACGUUGUCGUAACAAAUAAAAUCCUUGGCCAUA